GAAUCCCCAGCCCAUCCCGUGCCCUCUGCCCAGAGCGCAGUCAAAACAGAAAAGUUCCUGCAAAAGAAACUUUAUCUGUGUCUAAAUUUCAACUUAUUAGACCUACGUAAUGUACUCUCAUGACUAUACGACUUACAAACAGCAACAAACAGCUACAAACCUGAAAAAUCUAGCUCGAUAAAAAUGUUGAAUUAGAUUUAGAAGUCGGUAAAGCAGAUCCACAAAAUAGACGAUAUCGUGAUUGCAAUCGUCCGUGAUCGCGAUAUCCAAAUUCAAAUCCUUUCUGGAACUUUUCUGUCAAUUAAUCUUGGACUAAAGUAAAGGCCGAUUGACUACCGUCAACAUACGUGAAAUGCUGGCUCAAGCUUGAUCAAAGUAUGGUACCCUGUAUGCUAUAAAGAGGACCGGUAAAAAAUGGCAUUUAAUUCAGUUCUUCAGAUGUACCUUGACUGGGCAAACAGCCUCUUGUGUGAACAUGGCAUUGUCAUCAACGAGCUCAAAGAAUUUCAAGAUGGCAGGAUUUUCUCACUGCUGGUUGAGAUCUUGACGGGUACUCGGCUUUUUCCGUCCUCGGAGGGCUGUGAUGAUGAUGAUGACAUCUCAUCAUUAGACAGGGUUCAGACCAUCUUGGAUUAUCUCACUGGGCUGGGGAUCAAAUUAAAAGUUUCUGCAUCAGGUGUACAGAAAGGAGAACUCAAAAGCAUCUUGGAUGUGAUAUGGGCAAUCAUUUUACACUUCACUAUACAUUCACCAGAUACUCCCAUGCAGCAGAAAACGGUGCGUAGCGGCAAAAAGCAAUUGAUCCAGUGGUGUGCUUCUCAGCUCGGUGAGACCUCUCUCGAUACAAGCAAAGGACUUGCGCAAUGCUUUGAGAAGAACAACAAGCUUGCAGAACUGAUUGGGCUCUUCUGUAGCUAUUCAAACAGCAGUGCGGAGACGUAUGUGAACAACUUGACUAGUGCAUUGAUUGCUUCGGAGGAACAUUUUGGAAUUGCCAAGUCUUUGCUCAGCCCAGCAGAUGUAAUAAAAGGAACAGUAGAGGAACAUGCCCUCACUAUCUAUCUUGCACUUCUCCGCAGAAAGGUAACACAGCUUGCUACUGACAACGAUCCUUCGGAGAAGAGUUCUGAUAUAAACACCUCAGCAGGCUUGCCAGAAGGAUUGACAGAAGAGACUGCUAAUUCCCUAUCCCAAACUUUUAGUUUCAAAUUCAUGCGAUCCCCCUCUGUAUCAUCAACAUCCGCUAAGCCCCACCCCUCGUCCACCUCCCACCGCACCCCUCCCUCACAUGACGCAGUGACGGGCGAGGGCGAUAACACAGAACCCGUUGUACGGAAGAAAACGGCACCUUUACCAAGUAAGAUUCCUGUAUCAAGUGCCAGACUGCAUCAACCACCGUCCAAGACUGAAGACAGUGCACCUAUCCCUGAGAGUUCCUCAAGAAAGCGACACCAGGAAGCAACGGAUGAGCAGAAGCAUAUGGCAUCGUCAACGGACAAAGGCUUCAAGAUGCCUUCAGGAAUACCUGUCCGCAAGACCCAGAAGCUCUCGACUAUCCAACCUGUCCAGACGAGUACGCCAAACUCGAAGCAGAAGCAGUUCCUGGAGCUUAACCAUCAGAGGGAUGGAGUCGAUGAUGCUGGUGAUAUCGGACAGAGGGGGCAUGCUGGACUAUUCCUGAAGCAAGAGACCGAACAGCAGCAUGGACAAAGAAGAAUGCAGAAAGUUGGUAGUGAUCAAAAUAGCACCAAACGGGCUGAGGACAGAGUAGAGCUAGACCUUUCAGAUAUUGAACAAGACGAUGAGGUGAACAAGGAGCAGCUAGAAGAAAAGACGGAAAAAGAUGUUGCUUUGGACGACAGGACUUCAUCAAUACAGAAAUUUACAAAGACAAGGAUUAGGGAUGACAGGACAUUAACUGAGAUUGAGAAAAAUAUGACAAGUGCUGAAGUAGAAAACAAACAAAUGCCAACGUCAUCCACCAAAGACAAUUUGAGAUUGAGGGAAGAAAAAGGAGGAUUGAGUGAACGACAAAAAAGACAAGAUGGAGAAGAAGAGAUCAAAGAACACGAGAAAGUGGAUGUGAAAGUGAGCAGCAGGAUUUGCGCCUUUGUGAGAGAAGAUGGAGAUGGUGCCAGGACUGCAGAAGGACAAGUUAGCAGGGGAAGAACCAAAGAGGAUGAGAGGAAAACAAACGAAGCAGACUCUUCUAUUGAAAAGUCUUUCACCACUGAGGAUCUUGCUCUGUUAAGGAGAGGUGAAGAAUUAUCGAUAAUGAUACCAAAAGGUCUUGACCUCUCUGGCAGUCGCAGCGAUGAGCUGCUCUCUAUGCUGGAAGCGAUCGGAACGGAGGGCAAACAGCUUAGGCAAGAGCUCAAUGAAGCAAAAGCUAGGGAGGACUUCUUAACCAAAAAGCUAAAUGAAAGGUUUUCCAGUCAGGAGGAAGAAGUCAUCAAUCGUUUGGUUGGAGAGCUAGAGAUGUUGAGGAGGGAGAACCAGAGACUCUUCCAGGAACUAGCCACGGCAAGAGAGGCUGGAGCCGAGGACAGGAAAAGAUGUGAGAAUUUACAGGCCGCUGUAGAGAGACUAGAGAUGGACGUAGAGCGACUGACUGCUGAGAACUUCCGUCUCAAGUUUGCUGCCGACACUGGCUACCAGGUGACUGGUGAUGAUCUCAUGGCUGCUAUGUCAGAUGCAGAUACAGGCUUCCAGUCCCUACCAUCUCCAGGAAAAGAUGGCAGUCGUCGGGAGAUCCAGGACAACGUACCUUCUCCAAUCCUGGAGGCCCAGUCAGAGCAUGAGACCAGACUUCUUGCCAUGAAGACAGAGACAGAGAGCAUGCGCAAACUCCAGGAGCUCCUUACAAAAGCUCAUGCGGAGAACAGACGGCUGAAGGCCAUUCAGCAGAGCGCUGAAAGCAACACCAACCAUGAGGUGGAGAUGGCUAAGGUCAAGGCCGAAUUGGGUCUCGCCCAAGUGGAAGGUGAGAGACUGAGGGAAGAGAGGGCACAACUGAAGAAGGAGGUUGAGGAAGGGAGACAGGAGAUUGAAGAGCAGAUGCAGAAGUACAAGGAGCUAGAAACAAUCAUGGUGAAGUACACCAGAGAAGAAAGGGAAUCUCAUAGGGAUGCUGUAAAACAUGGUGAAGAAAGGACAGAUUGUGUUAAAGAAACUCAGAAAGAUAGUAGCUCUGAAGUUUUGAUGAGAUCACACCCUAGCGGGGUUCAGUCUGAACAGAAUGUGAGAAACAACCCAAUGGAUCACUUGGGUUAUCAGUCUGAAGCAUUGCAUUCUUUUAAUGUGAGAGGUGGACAGAGUGGUUCUGCAACAAGUGAUAAUUUUUCAAACAGUGCAAAAGAAGGGAUCCUGAGAAACACAUAUCCUAAAUCAUCUGAUGACAGUGGACUUGCUCACAAGAGUUUGGGGAAUGAUUUUGAUGAGGACAGUGGAAGGGUUGAUGCCAAGGCAACUGUUCCAACAGAUCAGCUGGUGUCCAGAGCUUUUGUUAUAAGGAAUGAUGGUAGAGGAUCUAUGCAGGAAUUGCCGAGCUCAAAGGUGUCAUUGACAUUGCCUCUGGCAUCGUUGGAUGCAGGAAGCGACGGAACCAUGCACAUAGAUGGUGAAGACGACACACAGGGAGCUCUGAACUACCCGCGAGAAACACCUGUUGCAGUUGUUGACUGGAAGUACCUUGCCAUGAGCCCCAGCCCAGAGAAUGAGAUGAGGACGAUUGCACAGUAUGUUGCUCGUCCACGUGAUCUUGAGACACCGUCUGAGAUUGAGAGUGAGACAGAGUCAAGGGCCAGUGAUCUCUUCAUGUCAAGUAAUGUCUCCUCGCCCAUCGGUAGAUUAUUGUCUGCUUCAGAGAGAAGGCCAAGCCUCGGCGGACUGAUUGUUGCUCGGGCACAGACAUCCCCUGAAGGAGAUCAAGGGGACAGUCCAGUCUAUUCUGGAGAUUCCCAAGUUAAAGAUGACACUCUGAUAGACGAAUCUUACUUGGAAACAAGCCCAGACUAUGUCACCGCUGAUGAGAAUUCUGUAGGCAGGACCUCAGCCGUCAACAAGCAGACUGUCAUGUAUGAAGCAUCGGAUUCUAGCAAAGUGUUACUUAGGGAAGACGGUCUAACACCCUACUAUACACCCAUGGUGCAGCGGAACAAGCUGAAGUUCUCAUCACUGUCCUCGAGCCUGGAGUCUCUGAGGAGUAUUUCACGUAAAGCCAGGGAAGACAUUGAUGCAGAGCAUCCUACUACUGACAUUGUGUCAAAGAAAGAGGAGCCAAAGAUGGAACAAAAUGUGCCCACACUUGAGGUGGAAAGAAAGUGGAUUCAGGAAGAACUCGGAAGGAUACGCCUUGACAACAACAUUCCUGGAGAGAAAUAUCCAGAUUUAGCAAGGAGACUCAGUGAAGAUAAACAGUUUGAAUCAAUAGCAUUAUCAUCAAGUAGAGAGAAUUUGCCAUUUUUGCCACCAAGAAAUGUACCACGAUGGCGAAAAUUCCAGUUUAGAAGUAGGUCAUCUAGAACAUCAGAAGCAAUGCAGCAACCGUCAUCCCUUCAAUCUGCUGUACAUUCCAAUGGUGCAGGUUUCAGGAGAAGUCCUACUAGGACUGUGAGCUUAACGAGAUUGGAUAUGAGUGUUGGGACAGGGGAUGAGCUGUUAAAGACAUCUCCAACACUUGGGUUGGGGACGUCUUUGAGUUAUAGGCAGAAGACAUCACCAGAGAGAUCCUAUGUCCAACGUGCUGUUUCUCCAAUACGAAGCAGUAGUGAUGACAUGUCUGAUGAGUACAAGCCUCUUCCUGAUGAAUUAAGAAAACCUCAUGUAUUGGCUGAGCGUACUCCAGUGAAAGCCAACAAAAGAACAGUUCCUACUCAGCAAACUAAUCCAUCAUCUGUACAGAGCUUACCCCCUACUCAUUCUCUGACUAACUCCGGCAAUGACAGCAAAAGGAAAAUGACAACUGCAUCGCCAUCAAGUAAGGACAUACAUCCACCACUUGCAAAUGGAAGCAUGGGUGGAUAUGAAACAUGCAGUGAUCCCUCCAUUCAACCAGUUUUGGCUGGUAAUGCAAGUCCUCCUAAAUCUAGAGAUUUACCGAUCACGGGGACAGGCACUGACAGCAAAGUCACUUCAGGUAGUCUUUCCAGGGUUAGUGAUCCAGCCACAGGGAUAGUUUCCACCAUUCCUCAACACACAAAGGCAUCAAAACUUUCACCUCAUUCCAAGGUAGUUGAGAAUCCCAGUGGCAGAGAAGACCUAUUUUCCACCCAAACGAUAUCCGACCUUCAGAAACCUGACCUUGACAAAAACGGUGGCAGCGGUGGGAUAUUUUCACCUUUGACCCCUAAUGACUUGGAUACUUUGGCUGAGAAGAUCAUCCAGGAGGCUGACUCUGGUGUGUCACUGACCGGCAAUGCCAGCAUCAAGAAUGGAUUCCCAACCAACAUGUAUGAACAUAGACUAUUGUCCAAGGAUGAGCAGACAUACGCCAAUUCCUUGAUAGCCAAGUACAUAGAGCAUUCGCAGGACAAAGUUUGAGGAGUUGAACUGAGGAAUGACAUCUUGUGGUGUGGAUGCAGCUUCACAAAGUCCUUUAUCGGAUUCAGGUACAUUUCAUUUCGUUUGCAUACCAGAAAAUUUAGAAUUUUUUGUUUUUGUUUUAAGGGUCAAACAAAACAUUUUUUAAAGGGCUGAAUAUUGCUGUUCAAAUCUCUGUGCAUUUUUGUGAUAAGAGAUGGUUUAUUUUUAUCCUGAGAAUUUUUUUUCACAACUGUUCUAUGUGUUUCCUGGAUGUGUCAAGGAAGUUUCUUUAUUUAAAAUCUGUGCUGAAAAUCUUAGAAAAAAGUCAUCACUGAUGAAUGAAGUUUCUAUUUUAAUGUUUAUUUUACUUGUAUUUUUUUACUUCUUAACCAGCUAAGUAUUAUUUCAAAAACUUUUAGAUCAAAUUUUCUGUGUGCUGUGCAUUUUAAACCAUUCCUUAUUAUUAGUUAUUUAUUUAGUAAUAACCAUUUGUGUAAAAAUUGAUAUUUUAGAUGCUAAUAUAAUGUUGAUGUAUAUAUUUUUUGAUAGAGAAUAAUGGAAUUAUGAAGUAUAUUUUGUGAGCUCUGUACAUUUUCUUGUAAAAAAUACUGUUAUUUAGAGGUCUUUGAAUUACAAAAUUAAGCAGAAGUGUUGGUUUAAUUUACAUGAGUUUUAAAAUGCUUUCCAUGCACGGUGCUUAAUAUCAUUUGCCUAAUAUCCUAGAUAUACAAAAAAAUGUACAAGAAAAAAAAAAAAAUAAUUUCCUGUCUUUAAAGAUUAUUGUGACAUUUUUAGGAAGAAAACAAAAGAAGGCGUUUUACUGAUCUCAAUAUGAAAUCUGGAGUACUUAUCGGCCGAUAUGCACAAUUCGGUAGUGCAAGCAGCCAUUUUGUGUCACUCAAUCUUUCUGUAAAUUUGUGCAUUUAUCAUUAGACAUGCUAAUCAUCAGGUUAAUUAAUGAUAAAUGCAGUUUGUAGAUAAAAUUUUUAAUGAAUUUAUUUUAACAUGGUACAUUGAUUUGAGGUCAGUCUAAAUUUAAGGUUGAUGUGAAUCUUACACAUGCCCCUGGAUUUCUGUUUCAGAAAUCAAUGCUGAUAAAUUCUCAUAGUGGAACUUGUGAACAGGAAAUAUAAAUUUCAUUCAAGGCCAAUCACAUGUAAAGUAUAUGUACACGCUGACAAAAGAGAAAGAAAAAAAAUUUAUGAGGCUCUUGCCAAAUAUAUUACAGUGAACAAAAUAUGGAUAUGCAUAUAUUUUUUUUAAUGUUUCAAUUGUUUUUAAGAUUUUUGUCACUGCACCUGAAUAUGCCUGUAUUCUGUUUUUUUAGUUGACUUUGUUGAUUUGAUUUAAUUGACUUUUUUUAUUUGGCCGUGAACCAGAAUAGCCGGGUGGUUAAGUCGCUGCCCUGAAAGCAGUAGAUGGCAGGUUCGAUUCC